AGGUCGAGGUACAGGAUGUAAACGAGCCAAGGUACCGUUGAAGAAAUCGAUUCGGGCAGAUGACGGACCUUCACCAUUUAGUCGGGUUGUGACAAGUUGAUAUCAGUCGUGAUCUGUCGGAUGGACUUGAUAUAAUCCGAGCAAACUAAGUAGGUCUGCCACCGCCAAUGGAUCAAUUUCUCUGACAGUACUUGUGUCACUUAAAAGACAAGUGUUCAUAUCCGCGCGCUAGCGUAUUAUUGUGGACUGGACAACAUUCGGAUAGUAAAAGUGAGCCAAAUGGAUGUGGAGACAGGAAAGGAUGACUCCAGUGUAGAUGAAGUUAAUCUUAUCAUAUUUACGUACAUCAAGUGCAGGAUCAACAACGUUUUAAGUAAAAAUGUAUUCGCGGGAAAGAAGGACGAUGAAUCUCAGUACCUUCUCAAGGGGGCGUGCGGAGCGAUCAGGCCGGGGCGGCUGGCCUUCAUCCUGGGGCCGUCGGGCGCCGGCAAGACCACACUCUUGAGCAUACUCUCAGGGCGCAAGAAGAAAGGUGUAACAGGAUGUCUUCGAGGCGCCGGCAGCAACGUGGUGCUGGUGCCGCAGCACGCGACCCUCAUCGACAACCUCACCGUCAAGGAGACCCUGGAGUUCGCAGCCGCCCUUAAAAUACCGAGCGCGUCCAGGCUGGAGCGGUAUCGAGCAAUAGACCACGUGUUAAGGCAGCUGGGUAUGAGCGACGCGUACAAGACUCGCGCGGGAAAGCUGUCGGGCGGCGAGAGAAAGCGGCUGACGAUCGCGUGCGAGCUGCUCACCGACCCACAUGUUAUGCUCCUCGACGAACCGACAAGUGGGCUGGACUCAGUGUCAUCGCUGUCAGUUGCCAGCGCCUUACAAGCGGUGGCCCACAGCGGCAAGACGGUGGCCUGCGUCAUCCACCAGCCGUCAUCACAGCUGUUCAACAUGGCCGACGACGUGGUGGUCCUGUCCAACGGCAGGACUCUAUACGCGGGCGCGAUAUCUGACGUCCCCGCCACGUUGGCCAAAUACGGCUUCGUGUGUCCACAGUACUAUAACAUCGCGGACUAUCUUUUGGAAAUCGCUAGCAAAGAAAAUUCACAAAGUCUAUCAUUUUUGGAAAACGAAGCCAAAUCUUACGCCAUAGAAAUGAACAAGGUGUCGUGUAAUCCUGAAGUACUUAAACAAAGAAAUGGAAACGCAGAGAAAUCAGCUGAGGCGGAGGCGUUACUGAAGUCUAAUGUAGAGUACGUGAGCGAGUACACCGCCAACUGGGGACAACAGAUGGCCGCGCUGCUCAAACGAGGGUUCAUAGGCGCGAUGAGAGACGUGCAUCUGACACAGAUAAGGCUGGUGACACACUUCAUAGUGGCGCUGAUGCUGGGCGCGCUGUACAACGGCGCGGGGCAGGCGGCGGAGCGGGUGGUCACCAACACGGCCUGCCUGUUCUUCUUCCUGCUUUUCCUCUUCUUCUCCAACGCUAUGCCUACGAUAAAUACCUUUCCCGUGGAAUCAAAAGUCGUGCUCCGCGAACAUUUGAACAAGUGGUAUUAUUUGUCGACGUACUGUUUCUCCAAGAUUCUCAUCGAUCUGCCAAUUCAGUUGCUGUGCGCGACGGCGUUUGUCCUGCCCGCUUGGUAUUUGACGUCGCAGCCGCUGGAGCCGUUCCGCAUCGGGCUGGCGUGGGGCGUGUGUGCGCUCGUCACCGUCCUCGCCCAGAACUUCGGCCUCGUCGUCGGCGCCUCGUGCGGGGUUAAGCUCGGCCUCUUCGUGGUCCCGGCAGCCAACAUCCCCAUGCUGAUGUUCUCUGGCUUCUUCAUCAAGUACCCGGAAAUACCUUACUACCUCAAGCCCUUCGCUCUCGUCUCGUACUUCCAGUACUCUUUCGACGCCUUCAUCAAGAUAGUCUACGACUUUGGCCGACCUGUUCUACCUUGUCACGAAACGUUUUGCAUGUUCAAGAAACCCCAGGCCUAUUUGAAGUAUCUAGGACUCGACGACAUGGACAUCAAUACGGAUUUCGUGGCUCUGGGCGCAUGGAUUAUUCUGCUCCAAGUUUUACUCGUGUGCGUUCUGAAAUUCCGCGUCUACAAAGCUUGCAGAUAAUGUGUACGGUCUUUAGGUUAUAAAGACCAGGAAGUUAUUUACAUAGUACCAUCGAGGAAGUUGAUUCCUAUGCAAUUGACAGACCAACGUU